UCAUCGCUCAGACGCUCAUCACAAGCAGUGUUAUACGUACUCAAAGGCUUUAUAAUUUGAUGGAGCUAGAGGAUAGCAUUUUAGAUUUCUCUGAUGAAGAGGAGAGCUUCGAGGAUGAUGAUGUUAAAAUGAAUGAUAUUGAGGAAGGAGAAUUGGUUGAGAGGAUUUCUAAGACUGGAUUAGAGGAAAGUGGUGAUGCAUGUGCUAGUUCGACUAAUCCCGUCUCAGGCAAUAAAAAUCAGAGACGCAAGAAAAACAAGAGGAAGAACAAGCGUAAGAGAGGUUCUUCGGGUCCAAAGGUCACAGAUAUUAACAGAUUUGUAUUGGAUGUCUGUAAACGCUUGAGAGAGCGGAAAUCUUAUCUCAUAUGGACUGCGGUUGGUUGCCUUGGAGUAUCUGCUUUGAGUGAUCUUGUCAAAGAGCUACCAGAGAUUGGCCAUUCUAGACUUUAUCUACCCCUUGAUCUCGGGUGAGAAAGAAUUACUCAGUGUUGCUAAGAGAUGCCUCCUGUUGAAGCCAUUUUCACUGCUUUCAGUACCAUGGACCUCUCUUCCAAGAUAGCUUCUGGCUAAACUACUUUGUGGUGUUCUAUUUAGGUUGAUUCUAAUGGUUUGCCUGUUUGCUGUUCUACCCUAUGGUAUGCACAUGGCAAUGCAAUAUGCAGAAAAUUUGCAUCUUCUUCCUCUUUCGCUUUUCCCUCCUUUUUUUCUCUUGUCGGAGUUAGAGAGGUGGUGGAGGAGUGUAGAAAGUGUUAUAGAAAGUGAGUUGGAUGAUAGCAAAAUGGUCAACGAGGAAGGGGGAUGGCGGCUUAAGGAUUAGAUGUAGGCGCUUUCCAAAUGUUGAAUUUACUAGUUAUUCCUAUUUGUCCCAAUGUGCUAAACGACUCCGCAAAAAUAAGAGCUCUGAGCUUCAGUGAUGAAAUUGACUGUGUGUUGAUUUGACAAAAUGUGGUCAUUAAUUGGUUGCCUCCCAAGUCAGUUAGAACCUUUUGCUUGCUGCCUUUCCUUUUUAUUUUGAUUGGAUUUUGACAGAAAGAGUUCCUUGGUGGCUUGGUUAGAAAAUUGCUAGAGCAUCAGUUGUGUGGGAAUUGCUUUAAUUUUUCUGAAGUUAACGAACACUCACAAGGAGAUGAUCAAAGUAGCGCUGUAUGGGGGUAUUAAUUAUGGAGAUGAAGUCUCUGAUCGAUUGGAUGUUUUCUUAUUUAUAUUGAAUGAACUUGUUGGAAACCCAUUGUUUUGUCUAGGUCUGUGGUUUAGUGUACUUAUAGACAGGAUUCAUCGUUUUUUGUCACAGUAAUAACUAUAAAUAAGAGCAUUGGAGAGAGAUUGUCUACCUUUGGGUUUGUUGGAGUAUGUGGAAGAUGUUUUCCCUGAUUUGUAUACUACAAAAAUAUAAAAAAUCACUCAUUAAACAGAAGUUGAAGGGAGUUUGCAGUGGGAUAUCUUUCUCAAACAAGAGUUUGCAUCAGGAUAUCUUGGAAGAGAAAUCUUAUAUCAUGUGAAAUGUAUACCAGCAAAUAAGUGUGAGGCCAUCCCUUUACUAGCCAUCUGGAGUUAUGGAUCACCCUAGUGCUUGCUUACUCUCUCUUUUCCCCCUACCAGUUCACCAUUUCUUUCCUAUUUUCUCUCUUGUUUAAAAGUUUCAGGGACUACACUUUCAGCCCCUUUCUAGGAAAGAUAUCAGUAAAUCUCUUUGUACAUCUUUAUCCCUGCUUAUUCUUCCACUCUAAAUUCUGUUUUUUUAAAGUUCGUCAUCCCUUCACCGGGCACCAUCAUCAUCGUUUCGUUUGUAGUCUUUACAUGGUCAUAAGCAGAGAGAGGCCCCCUUGGUAAUCUAUUGGUUUUUAGCUCAUUUCCUAGUUUUUCUAUCCUAAAUUUUCUAUCCUCUUUUUCACUCCUUCAUUAGUCUAUAUAUAUUUAUCUCUCUUCCAAGGUAAAAAAAAAAAAGAUUAAACAGAAAAGGGAAAAGGAAAAAAGAAAAGAUCAAAGCAAAGGCUAAAAUUAUGAAAACAGACUAAGCAGUGGAUUCUCCAACACAAAAUCACAGUCACCGAACAGAAAUAUGAGUUCAAAGCGAGGGCAACUGCUUAGGCAUAUACAAGAAAUCCAGACUUAAACCUUGGGUGCAAUUUGAUGAGCUUUUGCUAUUGAUAUCGGUACAACAUGCUAGACCAUAGUAAAAAUGAAAAAGGUGGAGAAAUGGCAAAUUUCUAUGAGUGAAUUUAUGAAAGAUAAAGGAGGGUUGGCAAGGGCAGAAGUAAGAGAAACAGGAGAGGAUGGGUAAGGAGGUCAAUUGGCAAGGGUUGAAGUAAGAGAAACCGGAGAAGAUGGGUAGGGAGGAACUGAUUAUUGAGAGCCACAGUCCAUAUGUCUAUCAAAGGAAAGGCCUCAUACAAGUUUUGCUGGUGUGUGACACCCUUAAUUUCUCAUAUUGGAAUGAUUCAGAGGCUCUUUUCUGUGAAUAUCCUGCAAAAGUGUAAAAUAUCAUCGUCCAAAUUUUUAAUUCUCUAGUUAAAGCUGUAUUUUUCAUUAUAGCGUUUGGACAUAGAUUUGGUUGAAACUUAAAAAAAAAUAGUUUUUUAAGAUGAAACGAAAAAUGGUUUUUGGAAGUUGAAAUUGUGUUUGGAUUUUACUCGUAAAGAAGUUGAAGUUUUGUGAGUAGAAAACUUCAAAAACUUGAAAAAUAGUCUAAACCACUUUUUGGAACUUGAAAAAUUCAUUCUCAAAAACUUCCCAAAACUGGUCACUUUUUAUAACCAAACAAUGUUUUCAAAAUAUUUUUGAAAAAAGUGAAAAACCUAUGGCCAAACGGGAGAGGGUAAAUUAUUCUAUUGAAUGUUCAAUCGGCAAUUGGACGUGUUUGGUUGUACUUAACUAGCAGCGAAUUGCUGGCAUAUGGCUGUUGCAUGUGAGGGUCUGGUGAGUAUGUUUUUUGCAUAGUUUUUUUGAUAAGUGAACAAGUUAGGCCAGAAUAGAACUAAGUUCUGGAUUUUGGCAAAGGCAUAGCUUCUGAGUUUUAUGAUUGGAAAUGACAAUUUUUCUCCGGAGCCUAUUUGCUUAUGAAGAUGAUAUUUGCCUGUCCCAAAAAAAAAAAAA